UCAGUCUGCUCGGUUCGUUGGACCACGUCGCGUUUGUGUCAAAGUAGCGCAAAUUACUUAAAAUAAACAACGAAACUAUUGGAGCACUCGCCGAGACAUUUCGCUCGCUGUUGCCCAUUCAAUUGCAUUUCACUGAGUGCUGCGCGACGUGAAAACAGAAGGAAAAAUUAUGAAUUUGAAAAUCAAUUUCAGUUUCAUAUCUCUGGCACUUGUCUGCCUUAUAUCUGUCCUACUGUUGACUCAGACCGUUGGAAUUGAGGCAGCCGGAUCCGGAGACGACGCAUGCAAGGAGCUCAACAAUGUUAACUGCUAUGUGGGCCGUAACGAGGGCAACUACUGCAACAGUAAGGACCAGACCAAGGCCCUGACCCGCUGGUAUUAUGACAAGGGAGCCUGUCGACGCUUCACCUACAAAGGCUGCAACGGCAAUCGCAAUCGAUUCUGCACGCAGGAGAGCUGCGAGGCCCGAUGUGGCGAUCUAUAAGUAAAGGAGAGCCGAUACACGCGCCGUUUAUCGCAAUCAAUUAGACAUUCACUUAGCUCAUAAGUUUUCGUAUGUAUGUGUAUAUAUGUAUAUCCAAGUGCUGAGCACAAAUAGAGGCAAGCCAAGCGAACCAAAUGAA